AUAAUCAAUAUUUCUUGGACACGCGCGCAAACGUUCUUUUUGUAGCGUUUGUGACGCCAUUUUAAGAGUUUAAGAUCUGUCUUGUCAGUAGAGUCGCCAAUUUUUUAUUCUCCAUUAAGUGUUAUUUAUUCGGGUGUUAGUGGUGAAAGCUGCCUGGAAGGAUGAGUGUUGUGAUGGAGGAGAAGCCUGCCAUCAAGCAAGAGGUUAUGGAGCCAGUCAUCAAGCAGGAAGCUAUGGAGGUGGACUCAGCGGAGGAAAACAAAGUGGAUGCAGACAGCACCAGUGCUUCUGAAGCUGCUGCCACUGUCAAUGAAAAUGGAGAUGCAAGUCUUUCUGCUGAGUCUGAUCAGAAAACCGCCAUUAAAUCCUCGAUUUUCAAGGUCAAAGUUAGUGGGCUACCAAGAUUCUAUCCUCUUUGGGAAUUCAAGAAACUUGUGAAGGAAGACUUGGGCUUGGCCCUAAGCUAUGUUCGCUCGCCAAAGAGGGGAAGUCCAUGGCUACUGCUAACGUUUACCACAGCAGUGGAACAACAGAAGGCUUUGAAAGCUCUUCAUAAGUACACCUGGCGGAAAAAAGUUCUCAGUUGCAAUAUGUUGACGACUGAUGCUCAAAAACGCAAACCAGAGGAUGGCAUGGGGGAUGACAGUGAUGCAAAGAAGGCCAAGUUGGACUUAACUGUGGAAGAGAGAGUUCUUAUGCUAACUAUUCCAUAUCACAAUAUACCCUAUGAGGAACAGUUAAAGAAAAAAACUGAAGAAGUGAAGCCAGUGGUUGUGCGUCUUGGGGACCUGAUAAGCAACCGCAACCCCCAGUUGGCUGGCUGGGUGGAGCAGCAAAAGGAGAAGAACGACGGUGUGCCAUUCCAGCUGGAUGAGAUCCGACUAUCCCCUGUCAUCGAGGCUUAUCGCAACAAGUGUGAAUUCAGAGUUGGGAUUAAUCCGGACACCCAAGAGCGCACGGUGGGGUGCCGUCUGGAGAACUUCAGGGACGGUACUAUGGGGGUUGGACCUGCCCACGCGCUAAAACAUUUGCCUGAACAAAUGAGAGAGGCAGUGAAGCUGUUUGAAGAUUAUGUCCGCAAGUCAGACUACGGGCCAUUCAUCGUGGAGAAGAACGAAGGCUACUGGAGGCAUCUAAUGGUGCGCGUGACAAACAACGGAGACCUGAUGAUGGUGGUUGUGAUACAUCCCCAGUCACUCAGUGACGAUGAGCUGACAAAACUGAAGUAUGAUAUCAAGGACUACUUUGUCAACAAACAGGGGAAGCUGUGCAACGUCACGUCUCUCUACUUCCAGCCAUUUACUGAAAAGGUGGCUGGUGUUCCCCUCCCAGCUAUGGAACACCUGUAUGGGAAAACCCACCUUCAAGAAGAGUUGUUUGAUUUAACGUUCCAUCUAUCACCUUCCUCUUACUUCCAAGUGAACACGAAAGGAGCAGAAGUGCUCUACUCAGCCAUCAUAGAUCUUGUGGAGCCAACAGAAGAUACCACAAUAUUAGAUUUGUGUUGCGGCACUGGAGGCAUAGGUCUCUGCAUUGCAAGGAAAGUGGGCCAAGUUUUUGGCAUUGAGUAUUUGACGCACAAUGUUGAUGAUGCCAAGCUGAAUGCUGCGAAGAAUGAAAUAACAAACUGUGAAUUCAUCGCAGGGCGAGUUGAGGAUGUCCUGCCUACAUUAAGAGACAAAAUAACAGGCAAAACGGUUGUGCCUAUUUUGGAUCCUCCAAGAGCUGGACUAAGUCAGAAAGUUUUGGUGGAACUACGCAAAAUGGAAAACGUCCAGAAAAUGAUAUAUGUGUGCACAGAUCACAAAGUUCCUAUUAGAAACUUUUUGGAUCUGUGUCUCCCAGCAGGUAGAAGUGAAAUGACUGGGCACCCGUUUAUCCCCACAAGAGUUAUACCAGUUGAUGUAGCCCCUUUCUCAAUGCACUGCCAGAUGGUUAUUUUGAUGGAAAGGUUGGACCCAAGCAAGUGUCCUGCUUCCAAAAACCCUCCGCGAACGGCUCAAAAGAAAGUGCGCGAGCGUGUGGGUAGAGGUAUGAAAGGACAGAGCAUGGUAAGAGGGCGUGGUCGAGCAAGAGGCAUUGGUUUGCCGCUGCCCAUCCCAAGAGGCAGAGGGAGAGGUAUGGGUAUGCCAAUGGGUGGUGUAAGAGGUCCUCUAAUUCCUCCACAGCGCAUGGGCUACAUGGGACCCCCUGCACCUCCGAUGGGUCCACCCAUGAGAGAAUAUGGCAGACCAUUGAUACGGCCACGUGGUAGGGAGAUGUUCAUGAACGACUAUAGACCUGGCCCUAUGAUGGAGAAUGAUUACCUUCCUCCCAUGAUGGAUAUGUAUGGUCCGAGAAGAGCUCCAAGACUAGACUUCUCUGCUGAUGAGUUGACGCUCAGUAGAUACUCUGAUUUCCGCAGAGAUGUGGAAGAUGCCAUCGACUCAUCGUUCUCGCCUCGCCGUCCAUUGUUAAUGAGUUCUCCUGCUGUAACUGCAGCUGCUAUGCUGGAGAGGGAAGAAAUGGCAUACAGGGCUGGCCUGACUCGUGGCCUGGUGGGGGCAGCUACGUUUGGACCUCCUCCAAGUUAUUAUUCGCCGCAGCCACCUCAAUAUGGGCGGCAUAAGGUUGGUGGCGUGAACACUGGCAGGGGAAAGAAAGGCAUCCGCAGAGCGCGUGGUGGAAGACGAUAAUAAUAAUGUACUCUGCCAGAGUAUAUUUCACUUUUAUCUGUGUUAUGUCUAAAGAGGAACACUUCAGUAUGCUACCACUACAUCCUAUUGUGAACAAUUGUUGACAUUUUUGACUUUUAUUUGGUAAUCCACGUUCAGUGUAUUGUGAUUUAGCGAUAGUUGUUACAAAACGAAAUAAUUAUAUGGAAAAAACUUUGUUCGCUGAUUGAGCUGUGCAUUCAUGGUAUUUUAAACUGUCAAUCUUAUUUAUAUAUUUCCGAAGGAAAAUAUAAUUACAGAUCAAUAUAAUUUCUUUCUUUCCUUGUGUGCAUGUUUGGUGAAUGGAAGGGUUUUGUUCAUAGCAGUGUGUGGGAAAUGUGGCAGACAUUGCGGUGAACUGGCGGGUUUUUCUGGGGUACACCCAUUUCCUCCAUCAAUGCAUUUUGUCAAUGUGGUCCUUUCAUAUCCUAUCACUUUUUGUUGUUUCUAAUAACCAUAAUGUUGACAGGACAUUUAACUAACCAUUAAAUUAUUCAUGCACUAGCUUGUACGAAAUCACCAGCUAGUGCAGACAACAGACAAAAAAAUUAUUAUUUGGGCAAGUGCAAAUUUUAAUUGACAUUUAGGUCUACAUGUACUAUUCAAUAUCUUAUCAUUUUAGUUAAGCUAUGACUAGUCAAUUUAUUCAGUCAUACAAAAACUGUAUUUCUAUAGCAAUAAUAUCAAAAUUGUAAGGAAAAACUUAUUGAUUAUGUAUAUGACAUACUGUAUGCAUUUGAAACAGUCCAGACCUCCGGCUAUCUCAAUUGGUCCAUCUUUUUUGAAGAACAUUUUACUAGAUGCUGCAGAAACUGCAUUCUGAUUGAUACUAAAAAUAUUAGGCUUGAGGAUGACUUCAAGUGAAAUAAAAUAGGAAAAGUUA